UCUAAAAAAACGUUUUCAUUUAUAACUUUUUCCACAACACAUCUAAAUAAUUUCACCCGCCCAAAUCAAAAUAAUCCAUUCAUGUUAAAUUUGAUCACCUACCAAACCUUUAUGAGAAUAGUUUAUCGGAAACUAAUUUCGCUAGCCAAAUCGCAUUAUAAUAGGUAUUGUUAAAUCCAGUUUACGAAAACAAAAUUAAACAUCCAUUCUAAAUUAGAUGUUCUAUUAUUUCAAAUCAGUAUGUCUAUCGAAAAGGACUGGGACGGCCAUGUUGCUUGUCAUAACAUUUGUCGCGAUCCUCAAUUGUUUUUACGCCACGGAAAUUAGUGAUUGUCAUAAUAAGAGGUACAAAUAUGUGCAGACGAGGUACGGGACUGUUAGGGGGCAUACUGUGAACAAUGACUAUAUCGCCUUUCUUGGGAUCCCGUAUGCAGAGCCUCCGACCGGGAACAAUCGGUUUAAGGCACCAAAACCUCCCCAGCCCUGGACAAUCGUCUACGAUGCCAACCGCACCACAAAAUGUCCCCAGAAGGGCGAAGGCGAAGAAGACUGCCUCGUGCUUAACAUCUUCACCCCCAUGAUAAGUCCCGAAACCCCUAUACCUGUUUUACUCUACAUCCAUGGAGGAUCCUUCAUCAUGGGAGCAGGACCAACAGCAGGCGUUGAAUAUCUAAUCAAACAAAACAUCAUAGUUGUAACAAUCAACUACAGACUUGGAGCGUUAGGAUUCUUAUGUCUAGGCAUAAAGGACGCUCCAGGCAACGCAGGGUUGAAAGACCAAGUCGCUGCUCUGAAGUUCGUCAGAAAUAAUAUAGCCCAAUUUGGGGGUGAUCCCAAACAAGUGACGGUAUACGGCAUGAGUGCGGGGGGCGCGUCAGUCGAAUACUUAAUGCUCUCCAGCAUGAGUAGGAGAUUGUUCCAUCAAGCGAUUAUAGAGUCUGGAUCAGCUACUGCACCUUGGGCUUUAGACCGGAAUCCGUCUAACACAGCAAUGAAAAUCUCAAGGCUUAUGAACGUCCCAAAAACAGACUUUGCGAAGAUAUUAGCUGAACACUACAAGGGAAUGCCUGUUGAGCUAUUGACCGAGAUGACGUUUGAGUACUACAAUAACUUGACGGAUGGCACAUUUGGUUUUGCUCCGUGUGUCGAAAAAUACACAGGCGAGGAACAUUUUCUAACGAGAGCUCCUAGCGACAUUCUGAAAAGAGGCAAAUUCCGAAAAAUACCAACAAUGUUUCUGUUCUCAACACUGGAAGGACUGUACCUUAGGAGCACGGAAUAUUACGAACUGAACUACAGAGAAAGGAUGGAGUCUAAUUUCCUGGAGUUCUUGCCAGCGGAUCUUAUCACACAAAAAGACGAAGUCAGACAUGAGAUAGCGGAGAAUAUAAAACGUUUCUAUUUUGGCAACAGAUCUGACGAUAUUGUGGUUCAACAUUUGAAUUAUUUUGGGGACAGUCUAAUUUUGCAUAGUCUCAUGACCUCCGUGGAGGCUCAUUCUAAGUGCAAUCCAGUUUACCUGAUGGAGUUUGCUUAUAAAGGCAAAAUUGGUGGAUACGAUUAUUUUUACGAGAAUUCGAACGUGGCUGGGCACGGCGAUGUAGUAAAAUACGCCAUUUUGAAUAAAAACCCCAAGGAAGAAGCCGACAAAAUAACGGUUCGUAGAGUAUCCAGUUUAAUAGGGAAUUAUGUUAAAUACGGCAAUCCAACACCAUCCGUGACCCCAUUACUACCCAUCCGAUGGCCAACAGUCUCCCGGGAAAAUGUCACCUGCCUCUACCUGGAUCGGGAGUUCCAAGUCUUCAGCCACCCUUACUGGGACAGGAAAACCUUCUGGGACGACAUAUACAACACGUCGAAAAGAAAGAAGAAACACUGAAGUUUGUGUUUUAGUGUUUAUUACAUUUACGCCUGUAGUUACAAACAUUACUAUGAAAUCUCACAGUACUGCAUGGACACAUAGGGUUCCAAAAACCUAUUCAUAGACAAUACUUGAGUCACAGAAUCACAGAGCUUUAUUCAACGCUGUGAGUUCGACUUCGCAUAGCGUUGCUGCUUCACUUAAGCAAGCAUCGUUUGUGAAUACGGGCGUUAGAGUUACGUAAUCGAAAUUAUGUUAAGUAGCCAAUCGUUUUUGUUGAUAAUUUUUGUGUAAAUAUUCGCCAUUCUAUUCGCCGUUCUUAUUUAGAUUCGCCAAUAUUAUGUCUGUCUGCAAUGAACAAUUUAAUUUGACCCACUUGCCGAACUCUGCACGAACUGAAAUUAUACAUACUUACUUGGAUUAAAUAGGAUAUCAAAUCAAUAUUAUGAUGUCAAAUAGUUAUUUGUGUUUAUCAACUGGUAAAGCUCGUUAGUAUUUUUAUUUAUUUAAUUCUGAUGUUCGUUCUUAUUACACACUAAUGUAGGUAUAAGGUAAAACUCAUUCAUUUGGCUAAAGUUGCACCACCUAACUUUAACCGUUAACGAUAACCGGUGAUUUUUGUAUAGAGUUUGACAGAUUUUUGACGUUUUUUAAAGUUAAAGUAAGAUGGUGCAACCCAGCUUUAGCGUGUAAGCAGGAUUGUUAUUGUAAUAAUAUUGAAUCAUCACUGCACUCAAUAUUGACUUGUCGAGAAUGCUGUAAGGCAUUAAUUCCACUUAUUGUACUUUCUUUAUGCAAUGAAGUUCAAAUAAAACUUUCUUCUGUCUUCAAUUUAUCUACGGCAUAAGAAAGUAGGUACAUCAUACCUACCGCCAAAAUAACAAUCGCUCUCCACGACGCUUCCGCCAGUGUUUUUAUUUCUUAAACUUAAUUAUACCAAAUGGACGAUAUUUCAGAGAAACGGCACGCUUGUCUAAUGCCCUGCCAUCUCUCAGGUAUUACAUAUACAUUUUUAUGAGCUCGCAGACAUUUAUUCCUGGAUGGAAGCCAGCUGGGAGCGGUGCCUCAAAGUUUUGCGUUUCGUGAUGCAACUAUGGAGAUCUGAAAACUGUUUUGGCGACCUGCUCGCUCAAGUUCUGUGUGGCGUAAGAU